AAGGGACUGCUGAUAACCGUGAGUAAUUCUGUUAGCUGCGACAUACAGACUACAGUAUUUACAAUGCCAGAGCCAGCGAAAACCGCGCCCAAGAAAGGAUCCAAGAAAGCUGUUACCAAAACAGCAGGAAAAGGAGGAAAGAAGCGCAGAAAGACCAGGAAGGAGAGCUAUGCCAUCUACGUGUACAAGGUCCUGAAGCAGGUCCACCCCGACACCGGUAUCUCCUCUAAGGCGAUGGGCAUCAUGAACUCGUUCGUGAACGACAUCUUCGAGCGCAUCGGAGGAGAGGCUUCCCGCUUGGCUCACUACAACAAGAGGUCUACCAUCACCUCCAGGGAGAUCCAGACCGCAGUGCGUCUGCUUCUGCCCGGUGAGCUGGCCAAGCAUGCCGUGUCGGAGGGAACCAAGGCCGUUACUAAGUACACCAGCUCCAAGUAAUUUUUACUUGUGAACAUAACCCAACGGCUCUUUUAAGAGCCACCCACAAUACAUUAAGAGCAUCUCCAUGAUUAUAUUAAUAUUUAAAUUCUUAUUAGGUCUGUCAGUCUUUGCUCCUUGUACGUUGCGGCGAAACAUGCUAAGCUAACUGGAGCAACAAUGAGUUGCUAAUUGCGUGAACAUGCUAAAAUGUCUAUGUUGCCUGCAUAGACUGUCUGUGGUGAGUACUUUUCGUCGUAUUAGCUAUGAACGUAAAGGAUGUGGGCUCUGCCAUUUAUAGGCCUACAUUACGUCUAAUCUACCAGCCACUGGCUGAAGGCAAAUGGUCAAAUUCGCCACCACACCAGAGAGGGUUAAAGCGGAGCGAGAGGCGCAAACGUUCGACAAUUUCCGUGUUCGAUUAUUGCAAGGGG